UAGGGCGAGGUCGAUUGAAGAAAAGAUUCAAAGAGAGAUUGAUGCAGUCUCUCAACCCUCGGAUGGCGCCUCACAAGGAGGUUCCUCUGCCACAGGGUUGACUCGGCUCCAGGAGGAUGAACUUUUCUAUAAGGUUGUACCAUCUCAGAAUGGGAGGAUCUUCGAUCUCGGGGGCAGAAACUACAUCCGGUGAGCGUGGAGAAAGCUCAGCUGGUGCAGUGGAAAGGAUCUCUCUUGAACGUCAACUCACAUCUCUUCAAGAGCAGCUGGCUAAUGUUGUGGAAUUUAUGAAGCAAUAUAUGCCUGAAGGUGGAUCACACUCUUUCCCAUCGGCUCAACCAACUAAUGGUACGGGUGCAUCAGUGACCAGACCAACUCAAGCCAACAACAGGGACAACCGAGAUGCCAAUCCUGAAGAUGCUGACAUCCAUCUCAGUCAUCCCACUAAUGUGCCUGAUGAGACUCAUGAGCCAGAAGACGAUGACGGUGAUGCAUUUCAAGGUAGCAUCGUCUGAUGAACACUCAAUAUCAGCUUUCUUUAACCCCUGCUCUUUUGUUUUAAUACUUUGAGCAGAGUCUUUUGGUUUAUAUCUCUACUCUGUACUGUGGUCUAAAACUCUGCUUUCCAUUUCGGUUUAAAACUCUGAUCUG